UGGCGCUAUUUGGGCCAACUGAUCACUGCACUGCAUGCAAAAGGGGGUGAUACUGAAAAAAAAUUAUCAACGUACAUGUACAUGUACGUUGCGUCUACUACGGCCUAAUCUGUCGCGUGACAGAGCAAAACAAAAUGGCUUCGCGGUCUGUUUCCAGAUCAAUUGCUUUGUUGGCCAUUUUCGGCCAUAUACAUGCCCUAACUACACCAGAAAGUGCUUUCCAAAACGUGCUAGAGGACGUAUCAUCUUGUAAAGAAUCAUGUGAGCGUACAUUUUCAGAACAUACUUAUCCAGAGAGUAACCAUCUGCCAGCAUGUCAGCGGGGAUGUCGUCUUUUCUCCAUUAUGGAGUUUGCAGAGGAAGAUACUCAAGAUUUCAACACCACCAAAGAAAUGUGCAGUCAAGCUUGUGGUGAGGCAUACAAAGAUGGUGGGCAGCUGUACGCUUGCCAACUUGGCUGCCAAAAUGAAGUUCCAUUUGCUUUGCAGAAACAGCAAGAGUUGCUGUCUGAGGAGCCCAAUGUUCACAUCCUAACCCCUAUUCUGGCCAUUCAGUCCAUGUGUGAGAAAUUCUCUCAGUUUGCCAGCUUCCGGUUCAGUUCCUGGUUGGUGUACAUGCGAGGAGACAAUGGGCAAGUCUACAUCUUUGAGUCCCAGCCUGAGGUUGACAUUUUCACCAUGGACCCCAAGUUUCAAGAGGAGAUUAUUGACUUUGGGAAAAUGUCCAAUAAUUUGGAAACCAACCUGGAAGUAUUGAGUAAUCGUGACUCCACAGACUAUCCACAAAAGGAAGACUUCACUGACGAUGCCUAUGGAUGGCUGGACUGUGUAUCCAAGAAAUCUGGACUGCCUCGUUGGCUGCUCGGUGUGACAUUACUCUUGUCUGCACUGGCUAUGAUAUGGCUAUGCUGUGCUACCACAGCAACUGCUCCUGAUCAACGGGUUUCCCCACAGAAAGUGGCAAUCUACAAUGACCUUGCCUACUUGCAGGACUCCAAGAAAAAGUUCAUUCACCCCAUCUUCAUUAAAAGCCUCCCAGCCAAGGCAGUUAAUGCCACAGCAACUGAUGAUGAUGAUGAGUUGCUUAUACUGGAGGAUGUCAAACCUCAACAGACAAAGAUUUAAGAAUCUGGAGGAUUCCUUUCUGUUGUCAUGUACAUGAAGGUCACUCAGUCUAAUAGCACACAAAAUGAGUAUCAAAUGCAUGUAUGCAUGUACAUGUACAUGCAGGUCAAAGAGUAACACAUAAUGGAGAUUUACACUUCAAAGUCAGUUAAAGCAUAUGCUUCUGGGGAAAGACAGCAGAUAUGAACCUCAUAGUUCAAGUCAAGUGGCGAAGCUUUACAAUCUCAGUGCAUGAUAUGCAUGUGUUCUUGAGAAUUGAGGUGGUAGGUGUCGUGUGUGUACUUUCCCAUGACACAACAAACUUCAGCUACAAAUAUCGUUGAUAUCAUGGUUUUAGCCUGAAUCUUCACAUUCUGACCACUUGCAAUUAUUUCUUACUAGUAGUGUUGUCGUCAAGCCCAUCACAAUCUUUGACCAAAAACAAAACCAUUUACGUAAUCAAAUACAAUUACAUGUACAUGUACAUUAAACGGGGUGAGCAGUAACAAAGGAAAGCUUUUGUUGAAGUUCAUUUGAUGAUAGUGCGAAGGGGCCUUGACUAUAACACUGCUCAUUAGUUCACACUUCAUUACCACUUUCUCCCAACAAUGCACUUUCAGUCAAAUCUGAUUUACUCUAACAGGGAAAUUACCAAGGUUGUAAAGAGCAUUUAAAUAACAAAAAGGGAAAUUUUAGAUCAAAAGUAGUUUAUUCCCCCAAACUUUUAAACUCACGUUGUUAAAUAACUAAUUCUUCCAAGUUCAAACCCCAACUCCCCAUUUUAGUGGCUAAUGCAUCAUCCAUACUUUGGAGGUGUAAUUGUUUAAGUGUAAGCUAAAAUGUACAUGCACAUUGCAUUUGAAUGGCUUCAACAAUUGGAGUUAGAGAUGCUCAUAGGAUGAGCUGCAUUCUUUAUCUAGUACUUGCAACAGGAUUCUCAGUGAAAAAUCCCACAAAAUUGUUUUCCAUGUGGGAUUGGUCCCAGUGCACAGUGUUUUAUGUGGUUAGCUGCAUUGUAUUUUGGGAGUUUAUGGCACUUCACUAGUAACACGUAUCGAUCUUCAAUUAUACAGUAUUUCGUGCACCCCCCUCUCAAUGAGUUAAGUUUGUGUUUGCCUGCAGCUAGCAAGUGCCGCUUUUCUAGUUUGGCUUUAGAAAUGAUUGCAAAAUAAUCGCAAAAGCAGUUUUCAUUGUUUGUGAAAGGUGGGCUGAAUAAGGGCAGGUUAAACAUACUGUUGACAUGAGGUGGACCCCUCUGAAACCAGGAUUUGUGGACCCCUCUGAAACCAGGAUUUCAUUAUCUUAGCAGCUGGGAAGGUAAGAUAUGCUCAACAACCAUCAGCACUACAGGUGGGCAGUCUACCCUUGCAAUUAUCUGCUGGAUCUGCUACUAUAAACUGGCCCAGACAUACAGAAGACUACCCCUUGAACUAUGGGGCUUAUCACCGUACUACAUAUAAGAACUGCACAAACUUUGAAUUAAUGCACCAUUUCACAGUGAUUAGAAUGUGGUUUCAUAACUUGACAAAAUUAAAUACUCACAUUGGUCAUUAACUUUAUGAAAGUCAAUGUGUAUUGAAAAAACCAUAAGCAUAUACCCCACAGGCAAUAAUUAUUCACUUUGGCAUUUGACUGGCAACAAAUUCCUCCGGGGAUAUUACAGUGGCUGAUGCUUUGAGUGAGAGAUGCAUGAAAUCCUGGUACAACAUUGCCAGAUACCUGAGUUCAGGUGCUGCACUGCGUUGAACUCGGGUGUUCCGGUAAUUGAGAAUUCACGGUAUUAUUGAAGUCAUCCAACUUCUAGGACGAGUUAAGAUACUUGGUGGUGGCAGACAAAUUGGUCCUUUAUGCCGAUUCUCAGCUUACAUGUGUAAUUCUGGGCAUGCAAGCAUAGUUCUCGGUACAUGGACAACCUUGGUAAAGGACCAGUUUGUCUGCCGCCAUUAAGCAUCUUAAAGUCCCCCUUGCUAUCAUAACUGGUGUUUGUAACCACUUGCUUGUAUAUGUAUGGUGUAAUGGCUCGAGUAAAAUUGUGUCAUUUUUUGUAUGCAGUGCUAAACAUGAGCAGACAUGACUUCUUGGUGUUUUGAGUACUGUAAGGAUACAGGAAAAUGCAUUGUUUGAGUGAACAAGCUUGAAUUUGCAUUGUGGCUCAAUUGGAACUCAUGGCCUUUAUGGCUACAGUGUGAUACAUGUAUGUGUAUCUGUCAUCAUUAGUUUGGUAUCACAUUUUCAUUAAAUGGACCCUAUCGGUGCUACAUCAUCAUAUUAAGCUAACUGAAUUAUGAACUAUUAGCUUUUCCCAUAAUUUCAAGUUUGGAU